AUGGAUGAUGUGAAUGAAGCGAUUCACGAUGCAGUGGUGCGGGGUAAUCUUGAAGCCGUAGAAAGUUUGUUAAAACUUGGUUCAAACAUAAAUCAAACAAACCAAAAUGGAAACACACCGUUACACAUGGCACUCCGGAAUGGCCAGGAGAAUGUCAUCGAGUAUCUCAUAAAUCAUGGAGCUGAUGUUGAGAAGGCGACUCCAGAUGGACAAACACCCUUACAUCUUGCUGCAUCACUCGGUCGUCUUAAAGCAGCGAAGUUUGUACUCAGCCAUGAAGCUUAUAUGGACAAAGAAGACAAGGACGGCUACUCAGCAUUAUACAGCGCUGUAAGGAAUGGUCAUCUUGAUAUAGUACGAUACUUUAUCAGUCAGGGGGCAAACGUGAAUCAGAGCAAUACUAAAGGCUGGACUCCUUUAUACAUUGCAGCAGGGAUCGGUAAACUUGAUGUAGUGAAAUAUCUCAUCAGUCAAGAAGCUGAGGUGAAUAAGGAAACUAAUGUCGGUGCGACUGCAUUACACAUUGCUGCUUACAAUGCUGAGGUGAAUAAGGGAGAAAAUGGCGGUGCGACUGCAUUACACAUUGCUGCUUUCAAUGGUCACCUUGAUGUCACCAAAUAUCUCAUCAGCCAAGGAGCUGAGGUUAAUAAGGGAAAUGACAUGGGUAGGACUCCAUUUCACAUGGCUGCACAAAAGGGUCAUCUUGACGUCACGAAAUAUCUCAUCAGCCAUGAAGCUAAUAUGGACAAAGAAGACAAGGACGGCUACUCUGCAAUACACAGCGCUUUAUUGAAUGGUCAUCUUGAUAUAGUACGAUACUUUAUUAGUCAGGGGGCAAAAGUGAAUCAGGGCAAUACUAAAGGCUGGACUCCUUUAUACGUUGCAGCAACCCACGCUGAGGUGAACAAGGGAAAUACUGCCGGUAGGACUGCAUUACGCGACGCUGCUUUCAAUGAUCCUGUUGAUGUCAUCAAAAAUCUCAUCAGUCAAGGAGCUGAGGUCAAGAACCUCGCGAGUGAUACGGGUGGGUUGACAGGACUAGAUUUCCCUCGAAAAAUAGAAGCAGCGCAAGGGCCCUCAGAAGGACAGACACGGGAGCCUACAGCAACCAUUGACCAACCUCUUAUAGGUGACAAGUCCUCCAAGAACGAAGGUAAUGUGAGGUAUGAUGGUGGUAGUGGUAGUGGUGAUGAUGUUGACUGUGUUGGCGAUGAUGGUAUUGGUGGUGGUGAAUAUGAUGAUAAUGAUGAUAAUGGUGGCAAUGAUUGA